AUGGCAAAACGGACUUCUGAAGCAGCGGAAUUACCUCCUCCUAAAUCGACGGCGAAAGGCCAAGGAACAGCUCGACCUCCAGCCGUCAAAGAUGCUGAUGAAGAAAUGGGAGAAUUCGAGGAUAAGUGGGAAGACGAAUACGAGAGUGAAGGUGAAGUCGUAGAUGCCGAAGCUGAAGGUGAAGUUGAUGGUGAAGACGACUUCACUCCUGCUCAAGAAGAUUCUGCUCCCCCUCCUGAACCAACUAAAACCUAUCUCCCCGGAACUGCUUUCGAAGCAGAUGAACAUCUUGUCCCUGACAACUCUGUCUACCUCGCCCUUCAUUCACUUUCCUACGCAUGGCCUUGUCUCUCAUUCGACGUAUUGAGGGAUACUCAAGGUUCUGAUCGAGCCACUUUCCCUCAUACAGCAUGGAUCGUCACCGGCACACAAGCUGGAGAAGUUCCAGGUCAAGGUAAAGCAAAAGAUGAAGUUGUCAUUAUGAAAUUAGGAAAUUUAGCUAAAACACAACAUGAUGAUGACGAUUCAGAUGAAGAUGAUGAGGAUGAAGAUCAAGAUGGUACAGAUGAAGAUGCUACAUUAGAUUUCUUAUCUAUCCCACAUAUAGGUUCAGUAAAUAGAAUCAGAGCACAACCAAUUCAAUCUGGUUCAAAUUCAAAUUCCUUACCUGAUCCAUAUAACGUUGCAACAUUCUCAGAGACUGGUAAAGUACAUAUAUUCGAUGUUAGACCUUAUAUAGAUACUUUAUCAGGUCCUUCAUCAUCAUCAACCACCAGCACGAAACCAAGAUCAAAAUUACCAGUACAUACAAUAACGAACCAUGGUAGAUCAGAAGGUUUCGCUAUCGAAUGGGGACAAACAGGAUUAUUGACAGGUGAUAUUGAUAAAAAAAUCUUUUUAACCACUAUCACUCCAACUGGAUUUAACACUUCCACCCAACCAUAUUUAUCACAUACAAGUUCAAUAGAAGAUUUACAAUGGUCACCUUCAGAAUCAACAGUUUUCGCUUCUGCUUCAGCGGAUAAAACAGUCAGAGUCUGGGAUAUUAGAGCCAAAAAUAGAAAAUCAGUCGUUUCUGUACAAGCUCAUGAUGAAGAUGUCAAUGUUAUCAGUUGGAAUAAAGGUGUAGAAUAUUUGUUGGUCUCGGGUGGUGAUGAUGGUGCGUUGAAAGUAUGGGAUUUGAGAAUGUUUAAUAAAGGAACACCUACACCUGUCGCUCACUUUGCAUGGCAUCAAGCACCUAUAACAUCAGUAGAAUGGCAUUCAACCGAUACAUCCGUAUUCGCAGCUUCUGGUUCAGAUGAUCAAUUAACAUUAUGGGAUCUUUCAGUUGAACCUGAUGAAGAUGAAUCACCGGCAAUCGUUACUUCUGCAGAUGGAAGUGAAAUCCCGAAUGUACCUCCUCAAUUACUAUUCGUACAUCAAGGUCAAAAAGAUACAAAAGAAGUUCAUUGGCAUCCACAAAUUCCCGGUAUGGUUCUCAGUACUGCAGCAGAUGGUUUCAAUGUCUUCAAGACUAUUUCUUGUUAA